AUGAAAUUCUCCCCAGUUGCGGGCGUUGUAGCCGCCUCAGCCUUUUUGAGCGUUUCCAGCGCGCAAGAGAAGGAGACGGAUCCAGUACUUCUACUAAGUUCAGACUCAGCUUUCCACGCCGAAAUGCUGGGCGGUAUGGGCUACGCGAUCGGUGGAGGAGCUGAUAUCUCCCCCAUACUUGCUGCUGCCAAAGACGUGAUACCAGGAGAUUUCCAGCGGUUCGGUGAUAUAUUCUCCAAACUCGCCGAGGAAACCAAAAGCCAAGCUUUGGACCCCGAUAAUGCAUAUGACCCCGUCAAUGUACGAGAUACUUGGUUCUCGACCGCAAACUAUUUUAGACGAGCCGACAUGUUUCUCCAUGGCAACUGGUCAAAUCCCGCCCUCGAAACCUACUGGGAGGAGCAGCUUAAUGCCUUUAAUCAAGGAAUCGCGGCACUGCCAGUUCCUGGAGAACGCAUCCAGAUCCCUGCCGACAAUUUUACCGUCGAGGCGAUUUGGUACUCUGCGUCUCCCGAUAACUCGACCAAGCGACCUACAUUGAUCAUAGGAAAUGGAUUUGACGCUGCACAGGAGGAUAUUUACCAUACCCUCGCAACUCACGCGUUGGCUCGUGGAUGGAACGCUCUCACCUAUGAAGGCCCAGGACAGCCUACAGUCAGGAGAAGUCAGAACCUGGGAUUUAUCCACCAGUGGGAGCGUGUUGUUACGCCUGCGGUUGACUACCUUCUCGAAAAUAAGAGUUCUGAAAUUGACACGGAGCGGCUUGUUCUUUUUGGUAAUUCCUUGGGUGGUUAUCUUGCAGCCCGGGCUGCCGCGUUCGAGCCGAGAAUCAAGGCUGUCAUGCUAAAUGGUGGCAUUUAUGAUCUUCAUGAGGGGUAUACAGCGCAGCUCACGACCGAUCUCGCGGAACUCUACCACUCAGGACAGAAGGACUUGUUCGAUGAGGCUGCACUGUCGAUUCUCGAUGACAGGAACGUGUCGAGCCAGCUCCGAUGGGGAAUUGAAUAUGGGCUGUGGGCUUUCAAUGUCAAGUCACCAUAUGACUUCCUCCAACUGACCAAGCCGUAUACUGUCAAAGAUAUCCUUGGCCGCAUUAAAGUUCCCGUAUGGGUAGCCGACUUUGAGUUUGAAGGUAUCUACACUGGACAGCCGCAAAGGGUCAAGGAUGCCUUGGGUGACCUGGGAACUCUGCAUACAUUCAACGGGUCCGCCGGCUACCACUGCCAGCCUGGCGCCUACAUGGAGAUGAAUCGUGCCAUCUUUGCGUGGCUUCACAAGACGCUUGGUUAA